UUAGGUCUUCCAGUGGUGCCAUUUCUUUCUCCCUGGUCCAUGUGCACAAGCCUGAUCCCAGUGGACUGUGUGAAUUUUGGGCUAAACCCUCUAUCAGUCCUGCAUCUGCCAACCCCACCCCCACAAAGAAAAAAAGGGUUAACAGGUACUUGUAUCUGGAUGCAUAAUUGAGUGUUAUCUCUUACUCAGAGUAGGACACAGUACUCAACUCAACUCACAAAGCAGUAAAAUCGUUUUUGUACUUCACCACUGGAGUCGCCAAAUCGCGCGCGCGCACACACACACACACCUGCUGCAAACGCAUAGUGGAGACUGCUCGUGAUGGUACACACGUUUCCACAUUAGGGUUAUUUCUGAUUAAUCCAGAUGUGUGUGUGUGUGGGAAAUGUACGCACGUGUAUACGUCAGGCCCCAAACUGGAAAACACUGGAGCAAUAGAGUACAAUUAACAAUGCAUGCGGGGUUGCAUGCGUUUUAAGUACCUAAAAAAAUCGCCCUGCUUUUUUUUUUUUUUUUUCUAGUUUAGGGAUGAAGCAACGCUGUGCAAUUUAUUCACCUGUAAGCUUCUGAGUUGUGCGUCAAUGCAAGUGGAUCAAACAGGCCAAAAUAGACUUAAGAUCCGGAACAUUAGUCUAAGAAAGGCUCCAUCGAUCUGUUUGUGGGGACAUUGCCUCUUUAUCUGCUGCUGCUGCUGCUUUCUCUCGGGCAUGUGGCACACUGGCUGAGCUGUUGCUUCUCUUCUCGGUGAAUGAAUGAAGGCGCGUCACUGCGCUGCUCCCUCAACAUGGCCGUCCGCGCGCAGCACUGUGGCAGCACGCUGGACAUGGACGCCUGAUCACACACACUUUCACUCGCUAGGAUGUGCGCAACGGAGGCUGUUUGUGUAGGGUUCUGCUCGGCGAUCGACAUGAUCACUGACAACCGCUAAAAUCACAGCCUUGGUGAUUCGUCCUCGGAUGAAGGCCGGUGCAGGAGCCUCGGGCUGGAUUUGAGAAGCGGCGCUUAAAGAGGGUGUACAAUGUUUUGUAGCGUGCCAGAGGAAGAGGAGGCUGAGCUCUGACUAGUGUGGAUGAGAGCACAGGUACUGUCAUUCUUUACUCCUAAAGUCUUCUGAUCCAAUUCAUGCUUUAUACACCUAUGCAUAUUACUGAACAUUUAGAGAUGUUUUUUUUUUUCUUUAAAAAGUACUCCAGUGUAUUGUGUAUUGUUUUUUCCAAACUAAUUACUGUUCACUCCAUCUCUGGAGAAAACGCAUGAAAGAAUUUAAAACCCACUGACCCACCAGGAAUAUGUCUAAGAGUAUUUGUUGAAUUCUGUCAGUAAAAUAUGUAAGUAUUAGUGCUGGGAAACGAUAAAAUUUUUUAAUCGCAAUUAAUCGCAUAAUUUUUCUGUGAUUAAUCACGAUUAAUCGCAUUGUUAAGCGUAAAAAUAAAUAAUGAAUUCAAAAGUAGUGUAUUGUGCACUUUUAUUUUAAAAGUACUGCUAUAUGAACAAAAGUGCAAUAACAUUUGGUUUGCAAACACUUUAAACAGAUAAGGUGCUUUUUACAGCAGUAUUCCCUUUACAUAGUAGCAGUUAAAAAUUUGAAUUUAAAAUAUUUCUUGUAAAUCUCAACUUAAACAUUAAUGUAAUCAAAUUAAAUAUAAAACCAAAGCUAUCUGCCACUGCCAGGGCAUUAACGUUUAGUCUAGUUUGUUACAGAAAAACAAGUUAUGCUCAGAGCCCAGAGCCCCGAUCAUAACAUUAUAACACCUUCAGAGCAACAGCAAGUUAACAUUUAUAAAUGAACAUGUUCUGAACAUGUCAGGGAAGAGAUUUAAACUGAAAAUGUCCAUGUAAAAGUUCGGUACCUUUCUCCAGUUUUCAAGGUUGUUCUUAUUCAACUUAUUCAAAGCUGGAACAAUAAAGUCUGUUCACUUAGCUUGUACUUUCUCUAAGGGUUUUUGGCAUCCAUGCUCAAUCAGACCAAACACAAAUUCAUACCUUUAAAAAUAUCGCCAUCUCUGAUAGAAUAAUUAUUCCAAUUUAAAGCUUAAUUUAAAUACCUUUGACUAAAGAAUUCAUGAAUGUAUUUGCAUAAACUUUUAAUGACUGGCCCAAAAAGUUCCAUUAUGUGAAUUCCAAGUAUAGUUCUCUGACUACUGUGUGUCAGAAUUAUUGUCUGUAAUUUUCUCUAAACGCUGCAGCCGCUGUAUAUAGUGAUUAAUUUGAAAAUGCUGUAUAACUUGUGCAUAUCAGUCUAGAGAUUGCACUGGGUUUUGAUGUCUUCCUGAUUUUAAUGUGUGGUGUUUCUUGUUUUACAGUGGCCAGUUUACAGGAGACAUGACUGUGCAUUCCUUAUACAUUAACACAGGGCUGUCAGUUAAUAUCAGAAAUUACUUCAUCUACUUCAACAAUACCCUUCCUCCCUAACCUUUUUCUUCCAGCUCAUCUAUCCCUUCCUUAAUUGUUCCUUUUUGUCUUUAACAUGUCAAUUACCCUACCCUUUCUCAUGCUCAUGACCUGACUGACCUUCCUCUGUCAAUGCACCUCUCCUUCUACUGCUUUGUUUGUUCCUCAUCACUCUUUCUCUGUGCUCAGUGCCGUGAUGCUGUGCUGUGGCCGAGCUCUGGACUCUCCCUGUACUCUAGCUCUGCUGGUGGGCUUCCAGUUUGCAUUUGUGCUCUAUUUCUCUUUGGGAGGCUUCCGUGGCCUUGUCUCUGUGCUGGUGCACUCCUCAGAACCUGAAUUUGACUACUCUCGGCCACAUGAUGUCUACACCAACCUCAGCCAGCUCAGUGCCCUGCUGCCCCCUCACCCCAGCGGAGCCGAGCAGCAGCUCAGGGGCUGCUUGCUGCCAUCACCACUGCUUGUGGGUCCUGUAUCUGUGCGCCUGUCCUCCCCUCUUUCCUUGGAGGAGAUAAAAGAGAAGAACCCUCUGGUGACCCCAGGAGGCCAUUACCGUCCCCCGGACUGUGAACCGAGGCACCACACGGCUAUCGUGGUCCCCUACCGGAACCGGCAGAGCCACCUGCGAACACUCCUCUACCAUCUGCACCCUUUCCUGCAGAGGCAGCAGAUACACUAUGGCAUCUACAUUUCAGGAAACUCAACAUUUAACCGUGCAAAACUACUGAAUGUGGGAGUGCGGGAAGCUCUGAAGGAGGAGGACUGGGGUUGUAUCUUCCUUCAUGAUGUGGACCUGCUUCCAGAAAAUGACCACAACACCUACACUUGCCACCCACAGUACCCCACUCACCUCUCUGUGGCUAUGGACAAGUUCAGAUACAGGCUUCCGUACCCUCAGUACUUUGGUGGAGUGUCUGCCCUCACUCCAGACCAAUACCUCAAGAUGAAUGGCUUCCCAAAUCAGUACUGGGGCUGGGGAGGAGAGGAUGAUGACAUUGCUACUCGCCACUGGAAGGGUCAAGUUCGGCUAUCUGGGAUGAAGAUAGUGCGCCCUCCUGUGGCCGUGGGUCAUUAUAAGAUGAUUAAGCAUAAGGGGGACAAGGGUAAUGAGCAGAACCCCAGAAGGUUUGACUUGUUGAAGCAUACCUGGUUAAAUUGGAGAUCAGAUGGACUCAACUCGCUCACUUAUCAGCUCCUGUCCAAAGAGUUAGAGCCGCUGUACACAAACCUGAGUGUCAACAUUGGGGAAGACCCUCGCCCUCCUCCCAAAAAGUCUGCACUCCCUAAAAAUGCCUCUUAUCCUGCAGCAAGACCCAAAGACAGAGACAAAGACAAGGGAACACUAGGAAGGCAGUCCACUCAAGCUACCAAAUUAGAGGAGGGUCACGUAAAAGUAACCAACAGGAGUUCAGACGUUGGUCAGAAAGCUGCCGUGAAACAGGAAAUUGUUUGAUGACAUAGACGUAGUCCAUAAAGCACUGGCAGUACAAGUGGAUUUGUACCGUGCCAGUUUGCAUCGUUUCCUCUUUAAUAUCAUUGAGUUUUGCACUGAGGUGAGCUUGCGGGUAAGUUGAAUUAUUGCACUGAAUGUCUACACUGGCAUGGUGUCAUUUGCACAGACCUCUGCUGUACCAUUUCCUGAUGAUCUCUUUGCCACGGAACUCAUCUGAGCGUGAACCGAGCUAAGCAUUAAUGAAAAUUGUGUGCUCCUGUGUAAUUGUGCUGUAGAGACACUUGCACCAGUGCUAGUCCUGUGUGCUUAUCCAGCCAGCCUGCGGUUAACUGCUAAUCUUCACACCACCGUGUGGGUUCUGUCUCUUUGUGCCUUUUCUCGCUCUAGAACCAGUUUCUGUCACCAUCUUAUUACAUAUGUUCUUAAUCUCAAUGACAAGCAUAUUAGUGCAGACUUGUGUAUCGGAGUAAUAGGCUACUAAAUGCUCUGAAUUGCUGCUGCUCUUAUUUCUCAUCACCAUGCAGCUUUGUGAUCUUGUGCUUGAGCAGACUGUUAUCACUGUGUACUAUUUUUGGUCUUGCUAUGGAAAUGUGCAGCUCAUCAUGUUUGCAAAAGUUUGUGUUUUUAUUUUAGAAAUGUCUAAUCUAAAAGUACUUUUCUUUGCUGGUCAAAUAACGCUUUUUAUUUUCAAGUAUAAUAGGGAAUAUCCAUUAUUGCCAGAUGGCUCUUUUGGUUAGACAAUCAUAAGGAUAAGUUAAAUGGCUGCCAAAUCAAUCAGUUAACAAAAUUCUGUCUUUAAAAGUUAAUUUUCUAUCAUUAUAUCAUAUAAUAGUGAGUUAGAUUUAUUCAAUAUAUUUUAUAGUAGAUUUGUUAAAGUGUCAGAGUUACAGUUUGGUGAAUUAUUUUAUUGCAGUUCUCAUGGAAAGUGUUGCUGCAUAUAAUUGAUAUAAUUAUCGCUAUAAUCUUUGUACAUAAGCUAUAUUUAGUCUACAAAAAUGCCCCAGCAGACAUUCGCCAUAUGCAAAAAUAUGAGGUAUUUCUAAUUUUUAAAAAAAUCAAACAAAUAUCUAUACACACUGAUGAGAACAUAUUUUCAAAUAUUGACCUAUUUCUGAACCUUAACACUGCUGUAAAAUGGUUGGUGUUUUAAAUGCGUUGGCUCCUCACAGAGGAUAUACAGCACUUUUUCUUCUUUUUUUUUUGUAUCCAGCAAUAUCAGAAAAUGAUUAUUUGAAUGUACUUCAUUCCAACUAUGUUGGUAAUGUUUUCUCUCUCUCUCUCUCUCUCUCUCUCCCUCUCCCCUCAUAUGAAUCUGCCAGUUAUUUUUUUUUUAUUAUUUUUUUUUUUUUGGGAGGACUUUAAUAUAAAGUAAUGUAACAAAGACCUUCAUAUAGACCUUAAAUUAUGAGUUAAUAAACCUCUUUUUUAUGACACCUUUAUUAGAGUACAGGUAAUUAGGUACUUUAACUUUAUAGUAUAGGUAAUUAGAUAUACCUGUCAUAAACCUAAUAUUUAUUUAUUCAUCACCAAAAUCUAUUAAAUAGAGUUUAAACAGAAUUACCUAUAUUAUCUUUAUCUGUGUGUGUAUAAAUAGGUACACGCAUCUUGGCUUAUUAGCAUGUGUCCCAAAAACCUAUUUCUUUUUACCAUAUUUGCAAGACACUAAUAUAUUUAUUUAAUACAGUAGAUUUGUAUGAGAUGCUUAGUAAUAGUUAUACUGGAAUAUCUAAGAGUAUCAUAGUCUGACAACUAAUUUCCUUGUUGCUUAAAGUUGUAGUAAUUAUCUUUGUGAUUUAAAGAGUUUUGUUUAUUUUUUUAUUAAAUCUGUAUGAGUCCAUAUCAUCUGGAGCAGUCUGUUAUAUUCUAUAGGCAUCUUCACAAAAGGAACCUUAAUAAUAGAGUAUCAAAUGUCCAGAAGCAUUUCACUUGACAUAGCAUGAUCUCAAACUCACUGCUGCUCUAGGGUAGAAUACAGCUGAUCAUAUGUCAAUUACCGUUCACUUUAUUACACUGCAGAGCCCAUUGUAAUAGUGUAAAGUAACAGCUUGAUUGUACUCUAAUCAGCAGACACUGGCUUGAAGCUUUGACAAGGAUCCUUGAAUACUGCUACUGGUGACUUACAACAACUCUCAGCACAUCUCCAUGUUUCCAUGGGUUAUUAUAGCUGCUGGUAGCAUUACAUCAUUUGCUUCUGGGCAUUAAAGCGAUUUACCGAUGACUAGUGAAAUUAGUUGAUGCUCUAUUUCUGAGGGACUACAGGUGUGCUAAUGCUUUAUGUAAUAAAUUUCCAUCCAGCAUAUAAAUUAUAUAGAUAAAUAAAUUAUGUUGAAAUGAAA